CAACACACAUGUUACUCUCUGUCCCCUCCUAUCUUUUCCUUCCCAUUAACCUCGCCACUUGUGUUUCUCAAAUUCUCUCUCUCUCUCUCUCUCUCUCUCUCUAUUCUUGUGGUAUAUAGCCAUGGAAGAAGACUCAGAAUCAAGAAAAAGAAACUCCAAUGGAAAACCCAUAGGAAGAAGGUUUCACAAAAGAAAAAAAGCCACACAACAAGAUCACUCUUCCAUCAACAUAGCUCAAGCUAGAAGAGAUAUUGUCAAUGCCUUUCACCUCCAUAGAUCAUCAUCAUCAUCUUGUGACUAUGGUUCUCAAUAUUGCUCUUCAUUGUUGGAGUCUUUGCCUCUUCCUCAACCAACAUGGUCUACCACUCCACCUUCAGUUCUUGCCACCCCACCACCACCACCAAUGGAGGCCUUAGAGUUUGAGUGGGCUGAGAACUUGGCUUCUUCUUACACAUGGUGGCUAGGGUUUCUGAAAACCCUAGAUGGUAACAACAACACUGCUCAAGUCGUUUCAAAAUACCCAUUUGAAGAAGAUAUUGUCACGGGGAUGGGAUAUGGUUUAAAAAUUGGGGACCCACUACCUUGUUUGGAUGGAAAUGAUGAUCAUCAGAGCUCAAGUGUAGAUGAGUGGUUGACUAUACCAACGGUUGAAGAUCAAGGUGAGAUGAUGAUGUAAAACCUAAGGAAAAGUAGUGCUUUAGGUUGACAAAUACUAGUGAAUAUGAUGAUGCCUUUUCUUUUCUUUUA